AUGCCUGAAAUCUGUUUUUGCCGACUGCAGGAAAUCAAAUCGAGAUUACAAAAGAUGGCGAUGAAUGUUAUUCAAGAUCAGAAUUUCAGUGUUCACUUCAACGGUGUUAAGACUGUUCAAAAGAACAGAGUAGGGGGUCUUGGAGGAAGGAAAGCACUUAACGACAUCUCAAACUCUGGAAAACCACCUGCACUCAACACAUCAAGAAAACAAAAUCCCAAGAAUGUGAUUCCAAUUGGGGAAGAUCUCGGUGUCUCCAAGAAGACUCAAGUUAGUGGCAGGAAAGCACUGGGUGACCUUACAAACACGGUCAAACCAUUGACUCAGCAGCAACAAUCUUCAAAGAAAAAGAAUCAGGGAAAGAACUCAAUAGCUGUUGCAGAAGAACGAUUCCUUCAUAACCAUGAUGAAUGUGUGAAAUCACAGAAGAAAUCUUUGGAUUUGGAUUUUGAUCAGUUCUUGAAGAACAUUGGGCUACAUGAAGAUGUUUGUUGUGAAUCUGUGAAACGCAAUCAAGUAGCAAGAAAACCAAGGGAUGAAAAUGUGUUUGUUGAGAUGGAAAUGGAGGAGAUACUUGAGCCGAUAAUAGAAGAUGAUGCAUUUGGAGAAAGAUCCCCAAUUUUUGGAAGCCCUAAUUCUCCAAGAAUGUGGUCAUACAUGAAGAAGGAUUAUGAUGAGUUUCCUAGCUUCAUCUUGACAGAGACACCAAGAGGAAGAGGGUCAAAGUAAAAUGGGAUUUUGUGGUUAAUAGUUUUUGUAAUAGUUGUUAUGCAGUCAAGCUUUUGACUUGUAUUGUAGUGAAACAUAUUAGGAUUUAUGUUUCUUAUGUUUUGGGCAACUCGGUGGUGAUUAAUGGAUAAUAAUUCUUGGUUACUUGAAAUGGCAUGU